UCACGUGACACCACAGCUGAUUUUCCUCGGCUGGAGUGUAGUCUUUUUUUUCUUUGCCGUUGGCGACAUCACGUUAGCUUUUGCUAACACUUUUUGGUUUUGUAUCGCACCAGUAACUUAUUUUUAGCGUUUACACGAACGUCGUUAUGGCGCAGGCAACACAGGUCGUGGACAACUCUCAGAUCCAGGUUGAACACGAUAAGAAACGACGACAGUUCGUCAUCAGACUCAACGGGUCACAUGACCGUGCAGUUCUUCUUUAUGAAUACGUUGGGAAAAAAACUGUGGACUUGCAACACACUGAAGUUCCAGAUGCCUACAGAGGAAGAGGCAUUGCCAAACACCUAGCAAAGGCAGCCAUGGAUUUUGUGGUAGAAGAAGAUCUAAAAGCGCACUUGACCUGCUGGUACAUUCAGAAAUACGUAAAAGAGAAUCCUCAGCCUCAGUACUUUGAACACAUAUACCAAUGACACCACAUCACUCAGAGAGAGAAGAGUCAUGUAGGAAAUUAAAAAAAUAAACUGUGAGGUGGCAGCAGCAACCUCAGCAACAUCUUGUUUUGAGGUCACAGGCUGGUGAACACUGAAAGGACCUUCCAGUCACGGACAACCACGAGUGAAACCACAGACCAAUGAUUUUGUUGGAUCUGCAGACUCAACCCUGGACCUGUGAUUGGUCUGCAGGGAUAUGUUCAUUACAAACAGUGUACGUCCGCUGGAUGUGAUUUAAUGCACCAACCGAAAGAAUCUAACCUCGGAUAGAAACCAAGCACUGUGAAGGGUGUGUGAUGAGAAGGUGUUUGAGAUGAAUGUUGACAGAUGUUCUGUUCUGUCAAUCAGCUGGUUGUAAACAACACUACAAGAUGGGCGACCCAGGUUUCUUUCUUGAGAGUGGACUGGAUAAAUGAGGUCAUGGCAUCACUGACACUCUGAUGAUGACGAUACGUUUUAGAAUUUCCAUUUUGGUUUAACUAUAACUUUAAUAUGUUUUCCAGUCAUGGCAAAUUUCCGGUUUGUGUUUAUUAUGAUUUAGGUAUAAAAAUAGUACGUAGUCAACUAACAUAAUGUUUCUUUUAUAUGCAACUGGAAGUGUGCAUAUACAGAGUUUUGGUAGGUUUUGGUCAAAUAAAAAACAAAAAAACAAUUUAUUUUUCUAUUUUGUAGAUUUGUGUGGGUAACAGUAACAGAAACAUACUGUUAACUGUUGAAGUGAAAGUUCAAAGUUUCAGGCACUUUUAAACCAAAGAACACAAACAGAGGAGGCUAAGCUCUGAAAGCACAACCAUUUUAUCUUUUGUAUGUGUUAAAUGUUACACAAAUACAUGAUAAAUCAGGAGGGAAACUUGUAACGGUGCAGUUCCAGGAUUGUUCUUGACAAUCACAAGUGUUGAGGUGAUAAAUACUUUCAAUGACUAAUCGCACACUGCCAGGACCGACACAGUGUGUGGUUUAAUGUAGCCUUUAAAACUAUCUCAAGGAUACUGUAGGAAAAUACUGACUCCAUGAAACUACAGGUGGCACAGGUUUAUUUGUGUGUUCAGUUAUACAUUGUAUUAUUUCUUAUUAUUUUCUUCUCUUAUGUUUUGGUUCAUUUUCUAAUGUUUUUUUUAAUAUAUA